AUGGAAGCGGAGCUGGCUGGCGCCGCCCACGUCCUUCCGCCCCUCCCCCGCAGGAGAGGUGGCGGGCAGGCGCAGGACAGAAGCAACCAAAGGAGCAGCGGUAUUAUCGAGCUUGACUGGCCUCCACCCAUUUCAUUCUCUGGCUCACGCGGCGGUGCUUUGUUUCCGCUGUGUGUGCAUGUGUUGUCGUGGGUCGACGCCGCUGGUCAGACAAAGAAACGGGCGCCAUCAUUGCGCGUGCUCGCGACACCAAGUCAAGACCGGUUCACCGAUCUGUACGACCUCGGGCAGAAGCUGGGGUCGGGGCAGUUCGGGACGACGUACGUGUGUCGCGAGCGCGCGACGGGCAACAAGUACGCGUGCAAGUCGAUUCCGAAGAGCAAGCUGCUCACGGAGAAUGACGUCGAGGACGUGCGACGCGAGGUCGCCAUCCUCUACCACGUGCAGGGCCAGCCGAACAUAGUGAACAUGAAGGGCGCGUACGAGGAUCGCGACUACGUGCACAUCGUGAUGGAGCUGUGCACGGGCGGCGAGCUCUACGACACCAUCAUCGAACGCAUCGAGGCGCGCGGCGUCCCCUACUCCGAGCACGACGCGGCGGAGAUGGCGCGCGUGAUAGUGCGCGUGGUGGAGCGGUGCCACGCGCUGGGCAUCGUGCACCGCGACCUCAAGCCCGAGAACUUCCUGCUGUCCAGCCGCGACCCCGACUCGGCGGAGCUCAAGGCGACGGACUUCGGGCUGUCGUGCUUCUACAAGGGCGAGGGCAUGGCGCGGCACUGCGGCUCGCCCAUGUACAUGGCGCCCGAGGUCGUGCGCUGGCGCUCCGCCACGCACCUCAUGGCCAAGCGCCCCGCCAAGUACGGCCCCGAGGUCGACAUCUGGAGCGCGGGGGUCAUCAUCUACGCGCUGCUCUGCGGCUUCCCGCCCUUCUACCACAGCAGCCAUUCGACGAAGGAGAUAUUCAAGGCGGUGCUGCGCGCGAACCCGUCCUUCUCCAUCCCGCCGUGGCCGUCCAUCUCCGACCAGGCCAAGGACCUGCUGCGCCAAAUGCUGCACCCCGACCCCUCCAAGCGCCCCUCCGCGCACGAAGUGCUCUGCCACCCGUGGCUGGCGGAGGCGGGAGUGGCGCAGACAGAGCCGCUGCCGCCGGUGGUGCUGACGCGGCUGAAGCAGUUCACGUCCAUGGUCAAGAUGAAGCGCAUGGCCAUGAAGGUGAUAGCGGAGGGGCUGAAGGAGGAGGAGAUCCGCGGGCUGCGCGAGCUGUUUGAGGCGAUGGACACGGACCACAGCGGCACCAUCACCAUGACCGAGCUGCGUGACGGACUCAAGAAGUACGGCGCCAACCUCAGCGACGCCGAGAUCAGCAGAAUCAUGGAGGAGACGGACAUAGACCAGAGUGGGGAGAUUGAGUACGGGGAGUUCCUGGCAGCGACGCUGAAUCUGAGCAAGAUAGACAAGCAGGAGAACCUGCUCAAGGCGUUUGCCUUCUUUGACACAGAUGGCAGCGGCACCAUCACGCUGGACGAGCUGCAGAAGGCGUGUGAGCAGCUCAAGAUGUCCACGGGCGAGGUCGAGGCCAUGAUGCGCGAGGUCGACGAAAACAAGGACGGGACGAUUGACUACCAGGAGUUUGUGGCGAUGAUGAGGAAGACACAGACAGGGGGGCUCACUCGCCGAGACAUCAUGGAUGCCAUGGCUGCUCUGAACCAGAGUGCAGUCCUCCAGCCAACGCGUCUCGCUAUCGGUCACUCGUCCCACCGCACCUCCGCGCGUCGCGUCGAAUGCAAUCCCGCGUUCGCGCCAUGCGCCAGCCUCGCGCCAUACUCGGUCGUUGCGCCAUCAACCGUCAGGGCCCGCCCUCUCCGCGCCAAUCAAAGUAGCCGGCGACCGCAUUCGAGGCGGCUGGUCGUUCGUGCGGCAGAAGGCGACGAGGGCGCAAUCGCUCGUCGGGUGGAUGAAGCGCAAGGCGGGGACGCGAGCAGCAGAGGCGGUGGUGAUGGCGCAAGGGGGGAAUCCGCGGGCGAUAGCGGCGGAAAUGGUGCGCUUUCGGCGGGGACGGGUGUGACUUCCGCAGAUGCGCUGGUCGGCACUAAUGGAGCGGUAGGCGAGUCGGCAUCGUCGGUAUCGGGGGGAGAGGCAGCGGCGGCGUCGUCCCCCGGGUGGUGGAGCGGCGUGUGGGGCGCGGGGGGCUGGCAGAAGCGGUGGAGCAUCGUGGUGCUGUGCUUCUUCGCCUUCCUGCUCUGUAACAUGGACCGCGUGAACAUGAGCAUAGCGGUGCUGCCCAUGGCGGAGCAGUUCCAGUGGUCGCCCGCCACCGUGGGGCUCGUGCAGUCCUCCUUCUUCUGGGGCUACCUCCUCACGCAGGUGGCGGGGGGGGUGUGGGCGGACACGAUAGGCGGCAAGCAGGUGCUGGGCUUCGGCGUGGUGUGGUGGUCGCUCGCCACUGUGCUCACGCCCAUCGCCGCCUCCCUCGGCCUGCCCGCUCUGCUCUUUGCUCGCGCCUGCAUGGGCGUCGGGGAGGGGGUGGCGAUGCCAGCGAUGAACAAUCUGCUGUCCAAGUGGGUGCCGGUGCGCGAGCGCAGUCGCUCGCUGGCGCUGGUGUACAGCGGCAUGUACCUGGGCAGCGUCGCGGGGCUCUCGCUGUCGCCCGCCAUCAUCCACGCCUUCGCCUGGCCCUCUGUCUUCUACUCCUUCGGUGCCCUCGGCCUCGUCUGGUUCGCCUUCUGGCAGACCAAGGCGUUCAGCUCGCCUGCAGAGGACCCGAGUGUGUCGGCCGCAGAGAGGGCGCUCAUAGCAGACACGGGCGCACAGAAUGGGCAGGGGGCGGGCAAGGGGCAGGAGGGGGGAGGGGGGCCGCACCUGGAGGGCGGUGAGGCGCUGCGGCUGUCAACGAUCCCGUGGAAGGUGCUGCUGAGCAAGGCGCCCGUGUGGGCCAUCAUCAUCUCCCACUUCUGCCACAACUGGGGCGUCUUCAUCCUCCUCACCUGGAUGCCCACCUACUACCAUGAUGUGUUGGGGUUCAACCUGACGGAGUCGGGGCUGUUCGCGGUGCUGCCGUGGCUCACCAUGGCCAUCGCCUCCAACGUCGGUGGCUGGAUCGCCGACACCCUCAUUGCCAGGGGGCUCUCCGUCACGCUCGUGCGCAAGGUGAUGCAGAGCAUUGGGUUCCUGGGGCCGGCCAUCUGCCUCUCACUGCUCUCAACGGUCAAGUCGCCCGUGGCUGCCAUCGCCCUGCUCAUGCUCUCCCAGGGCACGGACGCCUUCUCCCAGUCGGGGCUCUACUCCAACCAUCAGGACAUCGGCCCACGCUACGCGGGCAUUCUGCUGGGUCUGUCCAACAGCGCUGGUGUGCUGGCAGGGGUCUUCGGCACCUACGUCACGGGGCAGAUCCUUCAAAACGGGUCGUGGGACGAGGUGUUCACGGUGGCCGUGGCGCUGUACCUGGUGGGCACUGUUGUGUGGAAUGUCUUCGCCACGGGGGAGAGGGUCUUUGACUGA